AUGGAGCCGGCCGGCCCCUGCCGGGCGCCGCUGCUUCCCGCCAACGACUCUUACCACGGCCGAAACUGCAGCGCCGAGGAAGGGAUCUACCAAGAUGCCACCCCCCUCUCCGGGAAGAUCGUGCUCGCCGUCGUCCUGGCGCUUGUCACCCUGGCCACGGUGCUCUCCAACGCCUUUGUCAUCGCCACGGUCUACCAGACGAGGAAACUCCACACGCCGGCCAACUAUCUCAUCGCCUCGCUGGCCGUCACCGACCUCCUCGUCUCCAUCCUCGUCAUGCCCAUCAGUACUAUGUACACUGUGACCGGCAAGUGGACACUGGGCCAGAUCGUCUGCGAUAUCUGGUUGUCCUCGGACAUCACCUGUUGCACGGCCUCCAUCCUGCACCUCUGUGUCAUCGCCCUGGACCGCUACUGGGCGAUCACUGAUGCCGUUGAGUACUCCACGAAACGGACUCCCAAGCGGGCAGCGGGCAUGAUCGCUCUGGUGUGGGUCUUCUCCAUCUGCAUCUCCAUGCCCCCUUUGUUUUGGCGGCAGGGGAGGAAGGCCGAGGAAGUCUCUCACUGUGUGGUGAACACGGACCAUGUCCUCUACACCGUGUACUCCACGGUGGGAGCCUUCUACUUCCCCACUCUGCUGCUGAUAGCCCUCUACGGGAGGAUCUACGUGGAAGCCAGAUCGCGGAUUUUGAAGCAGACGCCAAAGAAAGCAGGUAAAAGACUAACGCGGGCUCAGUUAAUCACAGACUCCCCGGGGUCAUCCUCCUCCGUCACGUCCAUAAACUCCAAGGCCCCCGAGGGAUCCAGCGAAACGGGCUCUCCCGUGUACAUGAACCAGGUGAAGGUGAAGGUGUCGGAUGCCUUGCUGGAGAAAAAGAAGCUCACGGCCGCUAGAGAGCGGAAAGCUACUAAGACUUUAGGGAUUAUUUUAGGAGCCUUCAUCGUCUGUUGGCUGCCCUUUUUCAUCAUCAGCCUGGUGUUGCCCAUUUGCAAGGACGCUUGCUGGUUCCACAUGGCCAUCUUUGACUUUUUCACGUGGCUUGGAUAUCUCAACUCCCUCAUCAACCCCAUCAUCUACACUAUGUCUAACGAAGACUUCAAACAAGCUUUCCACAAACUCAUACGUUUCCGAUGCACAAGUUGAAAAUUUUGAAUGCGAUGUGUUCUCCGGGGCUGCCCCCACGCACGCCCCUGCCCGACG